GGUAACGCCUGAGGUCCGCCCGCCCGCCUGCCCGCUCGCCUUCGGUCAGACGCGGUGGGGUUUUUUUCCCUAAGGAAAAAGCCUCAACUUAUGCCUCACGGGUUCUGUCUGUCACGGAGAUGGGGAAGAAGUGGCGGAGUCCCAGCCAAGCGGAGAAAGGCUGCUCCGACAAGGAAGAACUUGGCAGGCGGAGGAGUCGGAGCGCCAGUCGGGGGAGGUUCGCGGAGUCGUGGAAGAGGUUAAGUUCCAGGCAGGGCUCCACCAAACGCUCUGGAUUGGCUUCGCAACAACCCCCGGCUCAGAAGUCAUGGAUAGAGAGAGCAUUUUGCAAAAGGGAAUGUGUCCAUAUAAUACCCAGCACCAAAGACCCCCAUAGGUGUUGCUGUGGACGCCUAAUAGGUCAACAUGUGGGACUUACUCCAAGUAUCUCCAUUAUUCAGAAUGAGAAAAACGAAAGCCGUCUCGCUCGAAAUGACAUCCAGUCAGAGAAGUGGUCAGUCGGCAAGCACACACAACUCAGCCCCACUGAUGCCUUUGGAACAAUUGAGUUUCAAGGAGGUGGUCACUCAAAUAAAGCCAUGUAUGUGCGGGUGUCUUUUGACACAAAACCUGAUCUUCUUCUACACCUGAUGACCAAGGAAUGGCAGCUUGAACUACCGAAACUCCUCAUCUCAGUACAUGGAGGUCUCCAGAAUUUUGAACUGCAACCAAAACUCAAACAAGUAUUUGGGAAAGGCCUCAUUAAAGCUGCUAUGACAACUGGAGCAUGGAUAUUUACAGGUGGAGUAAAUACAGGAGUUAUUCGGCAUGUUGGGGAUGCACUGAAAGACCAUGCUUCAAAAUCUAGAGGAAAGAUAUGCACUAUUGGAAUAGCUCCCUGGGGAAUCGUAGAAAAUCAAGAGGACCUGGUUGGCAAGGAUGUAGUCCGACCGUAUCAAACAAUGUCCAAUCCAAUGAGUAAGCUGACAGUACUCAACAGUAUGCAUUCUCAUUUUAUUCUGGCUGAUAAUGGAACCACAGGAAAAUAUGGUGCAGAGGUUAAACUUCGCAGACAGUUGGAAAAGCACAUCUCUCUUCAGAAGAUAAAUACAAGGAUUGGUCAAGGGGUACCCGUAGUGGCCCUUAUUGUAGAAGGUGGACCCAAUGUCAUCUCCAUCGUCCUGGAAUAUCUGCGGGAUACACCCCCAGUUCCAGUAGUAGUAUGUGAUGGGAGUGGCCGAGCAUCUGACAUCCUUGCAUUUGGUCACAAAUACUCAGAAGAAGGAGGGCUUAUCAAUGAAUCUCUGAGAGACCAAUUACUUGUUACUAUCCAGAAAACCUUCACCUACACUCGGACACAGGAAAAGGAGAACCACCACAAACAACAUCAUGCUUCCCACUCUGAAGCCAGUCCUGAAGGUCCAAUUACAGUAUUUCGCAUGGGGUCAGAAGGACACCAGGAUAUUGAUCUGGCUAUCUUGACAGCUUUGUUAAAAGGAGCGAAUGCCUCUGCUCCAGAUCAACUGAGUUUGGCAUUAGCUUGGAACAGGGUAGACAUUGCUCGCAGCCAGAUUUUUAUUUAUGGGCAACAGUGGCCGGUGGGGUCCCUUGAACAGGCAAUGUUGGAUGCCCUGGUAUUAGACAGAGUGGAUUUUGUGAAGUUACUCAUAGAAAAUGGAGUAAGCAUGCAUCGUUUUCUCACCCUCUCCAGACUAGAAGAACUGUACAAUACGAGACAUGGUCCAUCCAACACUUUGUAUCAUCUUGUCAGAGAUGUCAAAAAGCGCGAAUAUCCAGGUUUCGGUUGGAUCUAUUUUAAGGGAAACCUGCCACCAGAUUAUAGGAUAAGUCUAAUUGACAUUGGCCUGGUGAUUGAGUACCUGAUGGGAGGAGCUUAUCGCUGUAAUUAUACUCGAAAACGCUUCCGAACACUCUAUCACAACUUAUUUGGCCCCAAGAGACCCAAGGCCCUAAAACUUCUGGGAAUGGAGGAUGAUGUUCCACUACGGAGGGGAAGAAAGACUACCAAGAAACGAGAAGAGGAAGUGGAUAUAGACCUAGAUGAUCCUGAGAUUAACCAUUUCCCUUUCCCCUUUCAUGAACUGAUGGUAUGGGCUGUGCUGAUGAAGCGCCAGAAGAUGGCUCUUUUCUUCUGGCAACAUGGAGAGGAAGCCAUGGCUAAGGCUCUGGUAGCCUGUAAACUUUGUAAAGCAAUGGCCCAUGAAGCAUCUGAAAAUGAUAUGGUGGAUGACAUAUCUCAGGAACUUAAUCACAACUCCAGAGAUUUUGGCCAGCUGGCGGUGGAGCUGCUGGACCAAUCCUACAAGCAAGAUGAGCAGCUGGCUAUGAAACUCCUGACAUAUGAGUUGAAAAACUGGAGCAAUGCCACAUGCCUUCAACUUGCAGUGGCAGCCAAGCAUCGAGAUUUCAUUGCACACACAUGUAGCCAAAUGCUACUCACAGAUAUGUGGAUGGGGAGGCUUCGGAUGCGCAAAAACUCAAGUCUAAAGGUAAUUCUAGGAAUUCUACUUCCUCCUUCAAUUCUCAGCUUGGAGUUCAAAAACAAAGAUGAUAUGCCUUAUAUGUCUCAGGCUCAAGAAAUCCAUCUGCAAGAAAAAGAGCCGGAAGAACCAGAAAAAACAGUAAAAGAAAAAGAAGAGGAAGAUAUGGAACUCACAGCAAUGUUGGGACGUAGCAAUGGAGAGUCAUCAGCAAGAAAGAAGGAGGAAGAGGAGGUUCAAAACAGACAUAGAUUGAUCCCCUUUGGACAUAAAAUCUAUGAGUUCUACAAUGCACCAAUUGUUAAAUUUUGGUUCUAUACUAUGUCUUACAUUGGGUACCUGAUGCUGUUUAAUUAUAUCGUUUUGGUGAAAAUGGAACGUUGGCCUUCCAUGCAAGAGUGGAUAGUUAUCUCAUACAUAUUUACAAUGGGAAUAGAAAAGAUGAGAGAGAUAUUAAUGUCAGAACCUGGGAAACUACUGCAGAAGGUGAAGGUGUGGCUUCAAGAAUACUGGAAUGUUACCGAUCUUAUUGCCAUCCUCUUAUUCUCGGUGGGCAUGGUGCUUCGCCUCCAGGAUCUGCCGCUCAGGAGUGAUGGUCGUGUCAUAUAUUGUGUCAACAUUAUUUACUGGUAUAUCCGAUUGUUAGACAUCUUCGGGGUGAACAAAUAUUUGGGGCCAUAUGUAAUGAUGAUUGGAAAAAUGAUGAUAGACAUGAUGUAUUUUGUCAUUAUUAUGCUGGUGGUGCUAAUGAGUUUUGGUGUUGCCAGGCAAGCAAUCCUCUUCCCCAACGAAGAGCCAUCAUGGAAACUGGCAAAAAAUAUUUUUUACAUGCCCUAUUGGAUGAUCUAUGGGGAAGUGUUUGCAGACCAGAUAGACCCUCCUUGUGGUCAAAAUGAAACUAGAGAAGAUGGUAAAAUAAUUCAGCUUCCUCCCUGCAAAACAGGAGCCUGGAUCGUUCCUGCCAUAAUGGCUUGCUAUCUCUUGGUUGCAAACAUCCUUCUGGUGAACUUACUGAUUGCAGUUUUUAACAACACGUUUUUUGAAGUUAAGUCUAUAUCAAACCAGGUAUGGAAGUUUCAGAGAUAUCAGCUUAUUAUGACUUUCCAUGAAAAACCAGUCUUACCCCCUCCGCUAAUCAUCUUCAGUCACAUGACCAUGAUAUUUCAACACAUAUGCUGUAGAUGGCGGAAACACGACAGCGAUCCAGAUGAAGCAGAUUAUGGGCUCAAACUUUUUAUAACCGAUGAUGAACUGAAGAAGGUUCAUGAUUUUGAAGAACAAUGCAUAGAAGAGUAUUUCAGAGAGAAAGAUGAUAGAUUUAAUUCUUCCAAUGAUGAGAGAAUCCGUGUAACUUCUGAAAGAGUAGAGAAUAUGGCAAUGCGAUUAGAGGAAGUCAAUGAACGAGAGCAUUGCAUGAAGGCCUCACUUCAGACUGUAGAUAUACGACUUGCUCAGCUUGAAGAUAUGAUUGGGCGAAUGGCCACAGCACUGGACAAAAUUACUGGUGUAGACAGAGGAGAGGCCAGUAAGAUACGGUCUCGAACAUCUUCUGACUGCACUGACACAGCUUAUAUUGUGAGGCAAAGUAGCUUCAACAGCCAGGAAGGGAACGCAUACAAACUUCAAGAGAGUAUUGACCCUACGGGGGAAGAAUCGAUGUCCCCCACCUCUCCAACAUUAACACCUCGACUGCGAAGUCACUCCUUCUAUGCGAUGAAUAUAAAAGAGAAGGGUGGGCUUGAAAAAUUCGAAAGUAUUUUGAAAGAACGGUCUCUGAGCCUUCAUCGUGCCACUAGCUCUCACUCAGUCUCAAAAGAACCGAAAGUUUCUUUAGUGCCUGUCAGCACUUUGUCUAUUGCUCCAGAUUCUCGGAGGCCUUCCUCUUGCAUUGAUAUUUAUGUGUCUGCCAUGGAUGAGCUGCAGUCAGGAAUAGAGCCCCUGGACAGUUCAAUGAACAUCCUUGGAACCGGAGACCCCACCCUUCAAACUCAGAUAACUCCCAGCAUUCUCUCGAGUAGUGCUUACGUCAGUGGUACUUCUGGUGAAAGAAUCUCAGGCAGAAGUAUUGAGUAUGAAGAACCUUCUUCACUGGAAACAAGGGUAUUUUCUUCAGAUUAUUCGCAAAUCACAGACAGCCAAAACCCCUGGGAAUUGGAUCCCCCCUUAUGUCAUACCUUAGAGCGUUCUAAAAGUAGCCGAUACCUCGCUACAAGCCCCUUUACUUUAGAAGAGGCACCUAUAGUAAAAUCUCAUAGUUUUAUGUUUUCUCCUUCCCGGAGCUAUUUCAGCAGCCUUGGAGUACCAGUCAAAACAGCAGAGUACACUAGCAUUACCGACUGCAUUGAUACAAGGUGUGUCAGUGCUCCUCAAACCAUUGCAGAAAGGUCAAGUUUUCCUGGAACCCAUGGAGAUAAGGUGGAUGACCUGGGAUGCUGCCACCCAGAAAGGGAAGCAGAACUAAGUCACCCAAGUUCUGACAACGAGGAUGCUGAAGCCAAAGAUAAAAAAGCAGUGUCCUUGUCACCUCAAGAUAGCAAUACAUCUAGGACCUUGUCUAACAAUAUUCUGCUUCCUAAAAUAGAGCGGGCCAAUAGUUAUUCUGCGGAUGAAUCCAACUUACUCUAUGUGCACACACGGAAAAGCUAUUCCAUCAGUGACAAACUUGAUAGGCAGCGCAAUGCAGCCAGCCUUCGAAAUACAUUUCAGAGGAGCAAGUCAUCCAAACCAGAAAGUACAGGAGACACCAUGUCAAUGAGAAGACUCUCUAGAACAGGUGCAUUCCGGAGCUUUGAGAGCAAAUAUUGCUAGAGAUGAUGUCUGCUCCGUGGCCCUCUUCUUGAGCAGAAUGGAGUAACCUCAGAUUACGAUGUGUCAGCAAACAGCUGGCUUCUACCACCAGUCAAAUUAGCCCUUUUUAAUCUCAGUGUCAGGCACCGAGAUUCUGCCUCUUGAUCCAGUUGGCAUUUGCACUUAAUAGGGGGUGGGAUGGGUGCGAGGGAAGAUUUUAAAGACAUUAUUUUUUAAAAAAGCUUUAUGACAUCGUGCAUAAAUGGGUAAAUAGUUUGAGAAAUCUGCCUUUCAAAAUAGAAAUAGAUUUUUUUUAAAAAAAAGAAGCAAAAUAACAUGCAUCUAAAGUCGUGUUUUAAUUAUGAUUCUGUUGUUGUUUACAUCAGUACAUUUGCGAUAACCUAUGAAGCAGUAUCUCUGAAAUUACACUAUAGAAGACAAACCUACCAAUUCCCAUUUUUCACUUUCAUGGUUCACAUGUCUUUUUUUGUACUGACAACUUGUAGUGCCACAAAUAUAUUUUCAAGAAGGGAAGUAAAAAAGAUGCCUUUUAUAUAGCAGCAUGAGGGAAAGGGGAAAAUUUAUGUAAUAUAUUACCAUGUGGUUCCUGUAUUAAACAGGCUUUUUCACACAGCUGACCAAGCUCAGGAAGAUUGUAAUUAAGUGGAAUAGUAAAUACUUAUUUUUGUAAUUACAUCUAUUAGUUUAGAAAGAAUUUUAUGGAGCCUCCUUAAAAUGUUACACAAGAGGAUGAAAACAGUCCAGAGGCAACAUCCAUAUUCUUACUGUUCUAUACAAUAUUUCUAUCUUUUUUUUUUCAAGUAUUUGGAUUUCAUUGGGCAUAUUUGCAUUUCUUUUAAUCACUGCAUUGCUCUUCUAGCUGUUCCACCAUUUAUUGCUGGAGAUAUUGAAUGAUGAUCUUCUCUUACAGUAUUAAAGGACUGACUGGUUAGUUAGCCUAAAUGAAAUUAAGACUGUUUCAAAAGCCAUUCCUUUAAGUAUGCUUCCAUUGUCUAGAAUGGCAAAGAGAAGAGAUUUUAUACCAUGUAAGAAUGGAAUGUGAAAGCCUCAUUGUCCUCAGGUCUACUUCUCAAUAAUGUUUGCAAUAACCCUUCUGGGUGCAAGAAUUAAGUAUAGCUCUUUUAUGACUUGUGGACUUCAACUCCCAGAAUUCCUGAUCCAGCUAUGCUGAGGGAAAAGGGAGAGGUUUCCAAGCUGAGCCAUGCUGGAUCAGGAAUUCUGGGAAUUGAAGUCCAUGAGUCAUAAAAGAGCCAAGGUUGCCUACCCCUGUCCUAGAGGAUAAUAGCAGAUGGCAUAGUUAUAAAGAUUCAAUUUAUGUAUCACUCACAUAAUUUUAAGAAUUAUUUUGAGUUGGCUAUUUAAAUUCCUUUUUCCAAGUUUAAGCAUUCAGACUAAAUCUAUGUAAGUAAGUAGUCUUCCAAAGCACCAUAGAGCAAGAAUACUCUCCAUUGUUUUGAGUUAAGGCUCCUAUUAACCCCACAAAGCUUGGCAAGGAUCCAGGAUUGUGGAUGUUCUCUAGAACUUUGGAAGGCACCAGAAUAAACAGAGAACUCUGAAAGUUUCCAAGGUCCCAAUUCAUCUAAUAGUAGCUGGGAACAAGACACAGCCAUAGAUCUUUUUGAACACAGCUGUGCAUUGAUUUCAGUUAUAAAAUGUAAUGCAAAUUGCCCCACUCAGUUGACCUGCAUGCUACUCUUUAUCUUCCUUAUUAUCUCAGCUAUUAUUCUAUAGUUUGCCAAGAUGUUUUUAAUAUGUGCUUUUCCAUGAAAAUAAUUUAUCAAAGAUCAAGAUAUAUGCCUGGAUAUAUCCAACAUAUCUGGAUACAUGGCAAGCAGAAUACACUGAUUAUUAGGUUUAUUUCCUAAACUGCUUCUAAGACCCAACUUUAAUUCAGUGUUGUAAAUAACUGCACAAUGCACACUUUUAUUAGAGCUUUGAUGUGUGUGUGUGUGUGUGUGUGUAUGUGUGUGUGUGUGUGUUAAAAAAAACUUUUUUACAACAAAGAAAUAUGGUGUGGAAGUAGAUGUUUUAGUCAUUAGCCAUUCUUUUUCAAACAUGUCUCUUGUCUCAUAAGCGAUUUCAGAUGUCUCUACCGAAGCCAGAUUUUCCAUGCACAAAAUGGUAUCUAAGCAGGGUUGUUUUUUUUAAUCCACUACUAAUGCCUUUUUUUCAUACUAUCACAAUCAUUCCAGAUUUUGUGAGAUAGGAAAUAAUCUAAUAUAGUUUUGAGUAGGGUAUAUAAAGAUAAUUCAUUCAAACAAUAUUUCAAUGACUUCAGAUGAAAUAGGCCUAUUUUAAAUAAGUCAAAAUGUAUUGCCAUUUUUGCUCAUUUCUUCUUCAGACAUAAGCCCAGACUAGAUCACUGUUAUUCUUUUAAACUACUGAAUUAUUCAAUUUCAUUUGAGCUGAUUGUGUAAAAGAACUCCUAAAUGAAUUCAUAAAAACAAUUCAAAUCAUCCUUUGAAUUUUCCUGUUUGUCUUCAAUGACAAUAUUCUGAUUUACAUUAAGCAUACCUAGGUAAUAAUAUUUGGGCCCUAGCUUCAGAACAAAUUGACAAAUAGGACUCCUGAUAUCCCUAUUCCUAGUGUGAGAAAAGCCAAAUUCUGGCAGGAAUGCCAGCAUUUAUACUUUUUAAUGCAAAAAAUAGCCGUUUCUGCAAAAGCACAAUCUUAAGAUUCACUUCUACAUGCUUCCUGGGAAUGGAACCUAUUUUGAAAUAACUGCAAACUGUAAACAAAUGCAAAGGCCUAUAUUGUGGCUUUUGUUAAGAAAAGUGUAUUUGAAUGUGCAUUUUUCAUAAAUUACCACAUGUGAUCUGCUGUUAAAGUCACAGAAAAAGAAACAUUGUUUAGAACAACAUUUUUUAAAAGUUACUAUUAAAAUAUUCCUUGCACACAGGAACAAGAAGGUAGGAAUCCACAAAAUCAUUGGAAUUACAAAGAAUAAUUCUUAGAAAUUAUACCUGUUUUAAAAUCAUGUCCCAUUGAACUUACAGCUUAUACACAUGACAACAUUGUAUAAUUUAUAAAGCACGCUUUAGCAUUCCACUUUAAUCACCAGGACUGAUCGUGGAUAUUAUGUCAUUUGAUCUCCUGUCUUCUUUAUUGAAAAAGUAUAAACAGGAUCAAUUAAUAGUUGAGAAUAUGUUUUCUGUUAAGAUAUUCAUAAAUUGAGAUGUUGUACGGAGCUUAGAAUACAGCAUUAUUAAGCUAGAAGUUGCACUUUUGACAGGCAAAAUUGGAAAUAUUUUCAUAAGCUAUCAAACAGCAAUAAUCGAACAAUAAGAUGAUCAUUUCUGCAUAGUUGAUGCUGCUAACUCAAGAAUAAGUAAGCAAAUGAGGAUUUUCCUGCUAAAAAUAGAGCAUGAAAACAGAUAUACCCUUAUUUUCAUUUUUAAAAAAGAUUGUACUUAUAUCAAGAUAAAUACACUACAUUGAAUAGUGAAACGGGAUGUGAAUGAUCCCAUUUUCUCUAAAACCCUGAUGGUUCUUUUGAUACUCACUUGAAUACUUCCUGUGUUUCAGAAUGUGUGCUCUGAAUAUCUGUUUUUAGAAUCCUGUAUAGAAUGCUGUAUUAGCCCCUAAAGUAGAAGCAAGAAACCACACAAUGUUUUAAUUUAUAAUCUGAAAUGUUAUGUAUAAAAUAUAAAAUUACUAAUCUGCAUAGCCAUUGAAUAGAAAAAACAAAAUUUCAAGAUGAAUUCAAUUCAACUUAGUGUAUUUAUUUUUAUACCAUCAUAAUAAUAUCUGAAUAAAUGCUAAUGAAAGCAUUCAGAAUAACAAGAGGGCUACAUUUACAAAUUGAACAAGAGAUACUACAAAACAGUCCAGUGUUGUUUUUUACAUAAUGGGUUAUUGUAAUGUAAUUGUAUUAGAUAAACUUUUGGAUUUAACACUGUAAUCAGGGAAGACAACCUUUAGCAAGUCAAAUGCCAUUCUUAACAUUAGACAGGUGGCUUUCAAAGCCACAACAUAUACAGGGCCAGAUCUGGAUUUAGGAAGUGGCAUUUUGGGAUUUCCCUUCAUUUUCUUUUAAAAAUGUUUUUCAUUGUGUUGUACUUAAUUUAGGCCUUGCACAAGAGUUUUCAUGUGUUUCCUACCUGAAACUCUGCUGUCGGUUUGUAACAAUCGUGUACACAAAAAAAUAAAUAAAUUACCAGAUUAUGAGGUCCUCAAGUCAAAGGCUGUUUAUCACUGCAGUAUAAAGUCAUAUCUUUAUAUAGCACAUGCAGUACAAUGUUCAACAACAGGAAAUAAAGUCCACUGAACAAUAUGGUUGGCUACCUACCUUUCCAAUGAAUUAACAGUUAUUGGGCAAGGAAUCAGAGUCUGUUGUCAUUGCUGUUAGAUUUCCAUUUUUAUUUAUUUAUUUAUUGGCAGAACUCCACUAUCAAUUCUGGCAUAGUUUUUCCUAGCCUGGAUCUUGCAAAUGUGUUGGGACUUCUGACUGGGAUUCUUGGCAGUUAGAAUCCCAAAACAUCUGAAAAGUGUCAAAAGGCUAGAGAAGGCUAGUCUUUGAGCUGGCAUAUAUCCUUAAUGAGCCACCAAUAGCUAUGAUAGGUGUGUUAUGAUAAUGUGAAAGAAUAAACCUAGAAAGUUAUGCAAAAGGUAAAAAGAAUAACCUCUUCAAAGUAAUAUUUAAAACUCUGUUGAGUUAGCUGUUUGUUUACAUAUGCUGUGCAAUUGAGGAAGCAGUGUACAGUAUUUUUGAAAUACUUUCUUAUACCGUAGUAAUCCAUUCUGUUAUUUCCAGUUCAAGUGAUGCUGUUCUAUAGUUGGAUAUAUCACCUGUCCUAGCUAGUGAAUUAUAGCACAUAAUUUUUUCACAAUACUAAUGUGAUAAUGAUUGAAAUAAUUUCUUCUUCCUUAAAUUACAGUCUUAUUUUGUGCCUAUGAAAAUGCAUGCAUUGUUUCACUAAUUAUUUUGGACUGUUAUGGGGUUCAACAUUUCAAUAUUGCCUGCCUGUAACAAUGAAUCAAGUUAGGAUGAAAUAACAAUUUUGGACUUUUACAUUCUCUCCCAAUAUAUUCAUUUUAAUGAAACUGAUUUUAAUAGCACUUUAGUAUUAUAUAAAAUGACUUAUAGAACAGUAGGGUCUUAAACCUACAGCAUUUAUGAUUAAAAUAAUUAUAUAUUUUGGAGACAAGGUACUUCAUUGUUUGUUUUAGCAUAUGCCUGUUAUCAAGUAGCAACAAGCAGUAAAUUAUUGAAAUUGUAACAAUUACCAGUAAUAAAAUAAAACCCAUAAAUCCAUAAUGCAAAAUCACUCAUAUGAAUCUUUCAUAUAUAACUUUUAAGUUUUGAGGAAGAUAAAUGUUUGCAUAUAAAAUAGGUUCUUUCUCAGGGUUUAAGGUGGCGUAGGACACACGAUGGCUGCAGGACAAGAGGCAAAUGAAUAUUUUUGAUUAUGCAAUCUUGAUAAGUGUAGAAAUGAAAUAGGUGCCACUUUGUAAGACAGCACUUAUGUUGCCAAAUGAGAACUGUAUUGCUCAGAGCUUUACUGGCCAGUCCUAAAAUAUAUGCUCCAUAGAGAAAAACAACUUUGAAUAAGAUUGCAGGAAAAGGGGUUUGCAUAGAGAGUUUUGCCAAUGAAAUGUUUAAAAUAAUGUCAAGGGAAUCUUCAAAUCAGCUGCUUUAAGGAGGCCUCAUUAAAUGUCAGGGGACGGAAACAUUUUGCAGAAGUUGGACUGAAAAUAAAAUCCAGAACUUCUCUUUAAAUAUUAGUAGUUUAGUAGUGGGACAGAAGGAAAAAUGGAUAAAACUUUUAUUAGGAAUUAACCCAAAUUGUUAAAAAUAGUUUUGUUGCAUAUUGUCAAGUGUUAAAUUUCAAAUAUGAAAAUAAGAACAUUUUAGAUGUGUUCUGGGAUUUUAACAGUGAAGAUAUUAGGAACUGUAUGAGAAUAAGAAGGCGCACAUCUGCAGUUCACCUGAUAUUUAAAAACAAAUGUAAAGAACAGAGUAUUUGCACAGACAUUCCCAUUCUAGAAAGAGUUACAUAUUUUCCUAUGGUUACUUAAUCUACUCUACUCUGAACUAGAUUUUAAUUUUAAUUGAAAGGACAGAAAGCUCCAAAACAUUACAGCCUAUUAGGCUACUCCAAGAAAUAAUGCAAAGUUUCAAACUCAAGUUCAUACCUAUUUAUAAUAUUUUUUUCCCUAACAAUCCACAUCCUACAUUUCAGGUGGGGCAUGCACAAGACAAUAUGUUGUGUAGGCGAGUAUUAACUUAUCCCGUCACAGACCUCUGCCUUAGGAAUUACUAUACCAAAUGAUUUGUUUCUAAAAUACGUAAUGUGUUUGAGUCCUGGUAUGUGACAUUGUUUUAUCUUAUUAGCAUUCUGAAAAUCAAUCUCUGUCCCACGUGAGAGUUACUUUUCAUGAUAUUAUGAAAACAAAGAUGCAGACUGCCAUGCUUUCACAAAAAAAGGGGACACUUCCAACCCUCUGCAUAGAAAAAAAGAGAAGACUGUUGCUUCCAUAAAUUGCACACUUACAGAUAUUUCAACCUGUAGGGAACUUGCAGGAGCUUGUUAGACCCUUAGCCUUCUUUCUAACAAGGAUCCUUAGAUCCUUGUUCCUUACUUUAAUUGCUUCCAGUCCAAACCAUAAAGAAGGAUGCCCACUUAGAGAAGCUGCCCAUCAUUUCUCUAAGUAGAGAAGUUAUCUUUAAGAGGUGAACCUGAAGAAGGUCAUUGUCUUUAAUGCCCUGAUCUACAGGUCCAUGGAUAGUCAUGUAGAUGGAUCUCAGUAGAUCUACAAAUUCCUUCUGGCUUUGACCUCCCUUUUAAAUUAUGGCUAAUAACUAGGCAAUUUGAGAUUUCAAUCAAUACUGUACUUACAUGGUUGAAAAUUCCACUCAGGAUUUCUCAGAGAAUAGGCAUAGACUCCACUGCAAAUUAGCACAGGUAACAAAUGAGAUAAUCUAUUAUAGUAUUUCUCAACCACAGCAACUUUAAGAUGUUGGUGUUGGACUCCCAGAAUUCCCCAGAGUGUUGACUGGGGAAUUCUGGGAGUUCAGUUCCACACAUCUUAAACUUACUAAGAUUGAGAAACACUUAUCUGUUACAUUUGACUAUCCUGGACCUAGAUAUCCAAGAGCUAUUAGUUUUCUGUUAAAUUGUUAAUUAAAUUAAUCUAUUAAAUUAAUCUAUUAUUACCCUGGGUAUCAGAUUGGAAAAAAUUCUUAUUCUUUUACCAGUAGAUCUCCCACAUAUUUCUACGGGUAGUCUUUGACUUACGACCAAAAAUGAGCUAAAAGUUUCUGUUGCUAAGUGAGUCAUUUAAGUGAGUUUUGCCCCAUUUUACAAUCUUUCCUGCCACAGUUGUU